UGUUGCCUAGGGCAGUACAAAACCUAAAUACACCACUGCCUCUAGUAAAAAAAAAAAGCUGACAGGAUAGAUACCCUAAAUGCAGGUGUCUUCAACUUCUUAUGAGCAGGGUCUCCCUUCCUCUUCUCCAGCAUUGGCAGUUGGCAAUCUUUAGGGCUCAAUGUACAAUGUAUCCCAGGGGCGGACUGACAACUCAUGGGGCCCCCGGGCAAUAUGGGAUCAUGGGGCCCCUGUGUCCUUACUCAAACUCAAAAAAGCCUAUGAAAAAGGUACCAGGGGAAUCUCAUGGGGCCCCCUACUGACUCCGGGCCCUCGGGCAGUGCCCGAGUUUCCAAAUGGUCAGUCCACCCCUGAUGU